AUGGCACCACGCAUCGAGCCCUCCGAGAUUGAGACGUACUGGAACAUCUUCAGCACGCGCACCAAUGGCGGGACGCACCUCACGGGCGAGCAGGCCGCGCCCUUGCUCAAGAACAGCGGCCUGCGGGACGACCAGCUCGAGCGCAUCUGGGACGUCGCGGACAUUGACAAUGACGGCAACCUCGACUUUGAGGAGUUUUGCGUGGGGAUGCGGAUCAUUUUCGACAUUGUGAAUGGGGAGUAUGCAGACGUUCCGACGACGUUACCAGAUUGGCUCGUGCCCGAGUCCAAGUCGCACCUGGUGCAGGCGAACCGCGCCGUUACGGGCAAGCAGGUGCAAUUCGAGAGAGUCGAGGACGAUCUCGACGAGCCGGGGCUUAAGGACGGGUUCGACUGGUACAUGAAGCCUGCGGACAAGUCCAAGUACGAGUCCAUAUACCAGGAGAACAGAGACAUGCGCGGAGAGGUAUCAUUCACCUCACUCCAGGACCUCUACGAAUCUCUCGAUGUGCCAGACACGGACAUCCGAUCAGCAUGGAACCUCAUCAACCCGCAAGCCGCCUCGACGGUCAACAAGGACGCAUGCCUAGCAUUUCUGCACAUCCUCAACAACCGGCACGAUGGGUACCGUAUCCCACGCACAGUGCCAGCCUCGUUGCGCUCCUCCUUUGAGCGCAACCAGAUCGACUACCAGCUGGACAGCGAGCGCAACAAGUCGACCGCGGCCGCGCGGUGGGCCGCCAAGUCUGACGAGUCGACGUCUACGGGGCGCAAGGCCAAGUUUGGCGACCAGUACCUGACGCGCCUGGGCCGGAGCGGGUUCAAGGCGCAAGGCACAGACUUCAGCACGGCCAAGACGGACGACUGGGAAGAGGUCCGGCUGAAGCGCCAGCUGGCCGAGCUCGACGACAAGAUGGCCCGGAUCGAGGAGCAGGCCAACAUCCGCGCGGGGCGAGGCGCCAACGGGUCGCGCGAUAGCAAGCCGGCCCUCGUGAAGCGCGAGCUGGAGCAGCUCCUCGACUACAAGCGCAAGGAGGCGCGCGAGCUCGAGGAAGGGUCCGGCAAGGUCAAGGCCGGCGGCGACCUCAAGUCGGUCCGGGAGGACCUGACGACCGUGCAGGAGCAGAUUGACGGGCUCGAGGCGCACCUAAGCUCGCGACUCAAGGUCCUUGAUCAGCUCCGGCGCGAGAUUGAGGAUGAGAAGGCGAAUCGGUAA